CUAGGAAAAUGGUUUCUGUGGGUAAGGAGCUAACAUUCACUUGGCAAAAAUCAGCAAUUUUACGCCAUUGGAAAAUUCAACCAGGAAGUCGACUAACUCAGGGAAGAGUACUUUUCUUGUUUUCGACUGAUAAUGAACUGAAAGAAGAAGCCACUUCAGAAGAAAAAUUCAAAUGUUCUGUUGAAGGGACUGCGGUAUCCCUAACUGUUGGUGAAGGUAGCAAGCUAUAUCCGGGAUGCACAGUCCUCAGGUACCAGGAUUGUUCCCAUGCUACGAUCAUCAAAGACCUAUGUGCAGAAUGUGGAACUGACUUGAGGCAAUUAAGUAGAGACAGUUUAGCACAGGUCGUAGCCUCUACCUCAGUGAGCAUGGUUCACACUGUUCCUGAACUGAGAGUAAACCACGAGCAAGCACAGAAGUUAGGUCAAGCUGAUGAAGACAGAUAUCUUAAGUCAAGAAAGCUGGCACUUUUGGUAGACUUGGACCAAACAUUAAUUCACACAACAAAUGAUAAUAUACCAAACAAUUUGAAGGACGUGUACCACUUCCAACUCUAUGGGCCACGGUCUCCGUGGUACCAUACCCGUUUAAGACCAGGCACCAGAGGCUUUCUAAAAAAGAUGUCAUCAAUUUAUGAACUCCACAUCUGUACUUUUGGAGCCCGUGCAUAUGCACACAUGAUAGCCCAGCUAAUUGAUCCAGGAGGAAAUCUGUUCUCGCAUAGGAUUUUGUCCAGAGACGAGUGCUUCAAUCCAUCAUCCAAAACAGGAAAUCUGAAGGCACUUUUUCCCUGUGGUGAUUCUAUGGUGUGUAUCAUCGAUGACCGAGAAGACGUGUGGAACUUUGCACCUAACAUGGUUCAGGUAAAACCGUAUCAUUUUUUCAAGAACACUGGAGAUAUUAACGCUCCUCCUGGACUUGGUAAAACAGGAGAAAGUUUCAUCUUUCCUCAGCCACUUGAACCUCUAUCUGGUGAUGAGUUGUCUCCCAAUAAGAAUGAUGAACUAAAAUCUAAUGUGGAAACCAACAGAGAGAGAAUUUCUGAAACUGAAGAAGCAGAAACUGUCAGAACACAAACUACAGAAGCACAUAAUUCGGUCAAAGAAUCUAGUAAAGCAGAGAGUUCUGGAACUGUCAGAACACGAACUACAGAAGCACAUAAUUUGGUCAAAGGAUCUAGUAAAGCAGAGAGUUCUGGAACUGAAGUAGGAGGAACUGUCAGAACACAAACUACAGAAGCACAUAAUUUGGUCAAAGGAUCUAGUAAAGCAGAGAGUUCUGGAACUGAAGUAGGAGGAACUGUCAGAACACAAACUACAGAAACACAUAAUUCGGUCAAAGGAUCUAGUAAAGCAGAGAGUUCUGGAACUGAAGUAGGAGGAACUGUCAGAACACAAACUACAGAAACACAUAAUUCGGUCAAAGAAUCUAGUAAAGCAGAGAGUUCUGGAACUGAAAUAGAAGGAACUGUCACAACACAAAGUACAAAAAAACCUUUUUCUGGAAACUGUACCUCCAAGGUUGAAGGUAAAGCUGAUAUGAAAUAUAAGAACAUUGGGGUUAUUGGUAUCACAGUGGAAGAUCAAUUUGAAAAUUCUGACAGAGUCAUUGAAAAAAAUGCUGGUAUCCUUGAUGAUGUCGCAGAUGAUAAUAACAUCAGUAGUGAAAAUAGUAAUUCAGUUGAAGUACUAGAAAAAGAUAAAGGUUGUAAAGCAAACAUUUUGAUAAGUGCAGGUUUUGGUGCAGAGAACAAAGAAAGUGAACAUGAAUACCAAAGUGUAAAAUCUAAUUUACAUGCAGUGGACAUCAGUAAAAAUGAGAAAAGUGGACAAUAUAGUGAAGAUCUUGUCUCUGUGAUGACAUCUUCUGGUGCUGACAUCAAAGACGGGUUAGGAUUUGAAGAAAAACAACAAACUACAAGUAAUGGACAAUCAAAAAACCAGAAUUCUAGCCACCCCUCUAAAGUUGAAUCUUUGGUUUGCUCAUCAACAGUUACGUAUUCUGAGAUGAACGUAAAAUACAGUGCAGCCACAAGUUCCAAUAUACAUAAUAAUUCUGACAUUGGUGAAGGUUGCGUGACCAGUAGCUCAGAUGAGAUAGGUGCUUACAUUGCCACAGGUGAGAAUAAACCUUUGGGCAGCAGCAAGGAGGAGGAGGGAAAUGAAGAUGUGAUGGAUGUGCCUGAUGCAGAUGACUACUUAUUAUACCUGGAAGAAAUUCUGCAAACUAUUCACAAAGCUUAUUAUGAUAUCUAUGAUCAAAUGAAGACUCAGGGGCAUGAGGAUAUUCCUGACUUGAAGUACGUGAUACCCUACGUAAGACGCAAAGUUCUGAAAGGAGUAAACAUUGUUUUCAGUGGUGUCAUCCCAACAAACAUGAUUCCGGAAAAGAGUAAACCUUGGAUUGUUGCCAAGUCUUUGGGAGCAAAUAUUUUCAAAGAUUUAAUACCAGCCUCUCUUGAUAAAAAGAAGGCUACUACCCAUGUAAUUGCAGCAAAACUGGGAACAGCCAAGGUGAACAGAGCCAAAAGAAUGAAAGGUGUUGAGAUUGUUACUCCAGCUUGGCUCUGGUGUUGUAAUGAAAGGUGGGAAAAGGUUAAUGAAAGGUUGUUCCCUUUGACAAAGGACUCAAACUAUAAAAUAAAUCCUAUUUCUCAGAACACCUUGAAUGAGAUGCGCUUUCUCGACAUUCAGUCUCAGUACUUUAACAAAGCAUUUAAUGCAGUUCAUCCAAACUUUGAAGACUGCCCUGUUUAUGAUCCCAUCACGGGAAAGCGAGUACGACAGCAAAACAGUUCGUUGUCUUUACUUCCUAGAGCAGGUAUUCCUGAUGAAGGAACAUUUCAGUCUGAUGGUUUGUUAUCUUCUUUUUCUCCCCAGCAGUCAGCACUUGUGUCUUCUACAUCAGAGAAAUCAUCAUCUUCAUGUCGGUUCUCAGAAAGUUAUAGCCCUCUGCUGGCAUUUUCCAAGCAAGAUUUAAAAGACAUGGAUCAAGAGGUUGAAGAUGCUUGUAGUGAGAAUUCUGGAGAAGGGAGAGAUGAUGAUGAAGAAAGUGAUGACACUGAUUUGGAAUUAAUUCCAAAGAAGCGUAAAGAGGAUAGUUCAGAGUCCAGCAGCGUAGAGAGCUUGUCCGGUGGAGAGUGCCCAAGGAAAUGGAAGAAACGAAAGUGGAAGCAAGACUUCGAGGACACUCUUGAGGACGAAGAAUUUGAUAGUGAUGACGAUGAAAAGAUAAUAAAAUUUCGUCGCAUGGAAUCGUAUGAAAGUGACAAGAGUGACAGUGAGGAAUAUAAUGAGUCAAUUGGAUCAGUAGAUGAAGAGAUGGCAGCAGCUGUGGAGAGGGAGUUUUUAAGUUCUUGAACUUUUUUCAUGUACAGUUUCUACUUGUAGUAUCAACAAUCUUGAUUUUGUUUUUUAAUAUAUAAAGUGUUCAUCAAUUUACGAGUUGAAAUUCAAAAGUUACUGAGGUCAAACUUCACAUUUUCUAUCAUAUAAGCCCCCCCCCUUUUUUUUUACCAUAUCAUAUCUCCCAAGUGUUAUCAUUAUUUACUUUCCAUCAUAUUUCAAUUACUGUACAUAAACUAUGUUGCAUUAAUCUUCUGAAAUGUGGGUUAUAGAACAGCUUUGAUGUAUACUAUAAAAGUUCCAGGUUCAGUUCUUUCAGUGACUAUUAUACGUUGCACUUCAGAUUCACGUGUUUCAUUUUCUUUUGUAUCAUAAAAUGUUUGUGAUUCUUA